ACCCCCCCCCCCCACCCCGGGGAACAAAUCCGAAAUUCCAAACCCACCUCGUCACGUAAAUUACACCGGCUAAAGUAAAAGCGGCAGCGCGUAGCAGUUGGUCGCCACCGUCACGUUGGAGGUGGGACUCCGCCGCCGCCGUGCUGCUCUCCCCCUGCCCUUCCCUUCCCUCGCCGGAGACCCGCCGCCUCAGCCACCACAGCAGCAGGAGGAGCACGAGGCCAUGGCGAGGAGGUACGACCGCAACCCGUUCGAGGAGGACGACGUCAACCCCUUCGCGGGAGGAAGUGUACCUCCUGCUUCUAAUUCUCGGAUGCCACCUCUUCCUCAUGAACCAGCGGGCUUCUAUAAUGAUCGUGUUGCCACAGUGGACAUACCUCUUGAUUCAACUAAGGACCUAAGUAAAAUGGAGAAAGAACUGCAGGCAAAGGAGGCUGAGCUAAACAAACGGGAAAGGGAACUGAAAAGAAGGGAGGAAGCUGCAGCCAGAGCUGGUAUUGUCAUCGAGGAGAAAAACUGGCCACCCUUUUUGCCCAUUAUUCAUCACGACAUUUCAAACGAGAUACCAAUUCACCUACAAAGGAUGCAGUACCUGGCAUUUUCUUCACUGUUGGGAUUGACAGCCUGUCUUUUUUGGAACAUCAUUGCAACUACAGCAGCAUGGAUUAAAGGAGAAGGUGUUAUGAUCUGGUUGCUAGCCAUUAUCUACUUCAUCUCAGGUGUCCCUGGGGCCUAUGUGCUAUGGUAUCGCCCACUUUAUAAUGCGAUGAGGACUGAAAGUGCUUUGAAGUUUGGGUGGUUUUUCUUGUUUUACCUGCUCCAUAUACUAUUCUGCGUCUGGUCAGCUGUGGCUCCUCCAUUUCCUUUCAAAGGAAAAUCUUUGGCUGGGAUUUUGCCAGCUAUUGAUGUCAUAGGCAACAGUGCUAUUGUGGGGAUAUUUUACUUCAUUGGAUUUGGAUUGUUCUGCCUUGAAUCACUGCUCAGCAUUGUUGUUAUUCAGCAAGUAUACACUUACUUCCGUGGAAGUGGAAAAGCUGCAGAGAUGAAACAUGAGGCAGCCCGUGGUGCCAUGAGAAAUGCCUUUUGAUAGUGUGGCCUUGCUGAGUGGAAGAGGAACAGGCUGUGCCAAUCGGUAACGGCGUCUUGUACAUCCCUAUACAUAUGCUGUGCGUUCCUGAGAUCACUCGUAGAUUAUAGCAAAGAGCUUAUUCACAUCCUGUAAUAUAUAUCGCCUACCCAACCGGAGCUUUAUCUCUUACCUAGGUUCAGAUGUGCUUAUAGUGAACUAGUUUUUUUUGGGGGGCAAUACAUUUGCCCAACUCAUAUGUGCUCUUAAGUCUUGACAACUUGCGAGACCAUCGUUGUUGUUUGAAUCUUGAGUAAUUCUUUGCACCGCUGGA